CAGUUGUGCCGCCAGAUGCGCCUCCAGAUGCGUUUCCAGAUGUGCUUGCAGCUGCGCACCCAGAUGUGCGCAAAUCCCUUGGGACUACAUUUCCCAUCAGCCCCCGCGGCGCGCACCGGAAGCGGUCACGCCCUCUCCCAGCGGACUCGGUUUCCCAGCAGCCCCUGCGCGCCCGUGGCCAAGAUGGCGGCGGGGAGCGGCCCCGGGGCGCGGGAGCUCUUUGCUGAGGGGCUCCUGCAGUUCCUGCGGCCCGCCGUGCGGCAGCUCGACCGCCACGUCCACAGCGUCAGGGAGAGCCAGGUGGAGCUGCGGGAGCACAUCGACAGCCUGGCCACAGAGCUCUGCCGCAUCAACGAGGACCAGAAAGUGGCGCUGGACCUCGACCCCUACGUGAAGAAGCUGCUGAACGCCCGGCGCCGCGUGGUGCUGGUCAACAACAUCCUGCAGAACGCCCAGGAGCGGCUGCGGAGGCUGAACCACAGCGUGGCCAAGGAGACGGUGAGGAGGAGAGCCAUGCUGGAGGCCGGGGGCUACCAGGGCAAGUGAGCAGCCCGGAGAGCAGGUGACCAGCCAGGGGAGCAGGAGUGCCUGUUUAUCCCAGCUCAGGAAUUGAGGGGAUGCCCCCCAUCACCUGCAGCUGAGGGAGCCGGGACGCUCCGAGCCCUGUGCCCGGACUUGUGGGCGCUGGAAUAAAAGUGACUGAGAGUU